AUGGAGAAGGAAAUCAAAGGAAGUGCUGCUCAGCCUCUAACAUGUAGUAAUGGCAGUGAAAGGAUUGACCCCUAUGGCUUUGAGCGACAUCAUGAUUUUGAAUCCUACAAGGAGAUGAUGAAUGAGUAUGUAGCUGUCCUCAACAGAAGGUCUGUGAGGUGGUCCAGGCUCCUUCAAGAGAAACCUUGUGUAGAAAAGAAUUUGACAGUGAAGCGUUACGUGCGCAAAGGCGUGCCUAAUGAGCACCGUGCCAGGAUCUGGAUGGCAGCUAGCGGUGCCCAGGAGCGACUGGAGAGUAACCAGGGUUAUUACCAGUCCCUGCUGGCCAUGGAGCAUGACACCAAGCUGAAGGAAACCAUUCAUACAGAUAUGCACAGGACUUUUCCUGACAACGUCCUCUUCCAGAGCAAAGCUGAAAAGGCCGAGCCAAGCUUGCAAGGGGCUCUGAACAAUGUGCUGCUGGCCUAUGGAAACCAUAAUAAGGCAGUGGGGUACUGUCAGGGCAUGAACUUCAUUGCAGGCUACCUCAUCAUCAUCACCAAGGACGAAGAGAAAUCCUUCUGGCUCAUGGAUGCGUUGUUGGGCGGAAUACUCCCAGAUUACUACAGCCCAGCCAUGUUGGGGCUGAAGACUGACCAGGAGGUUCUUGGGGAUCUGGUCAAGGCUAAAGCCCCUGCAGUAGGUCAGCUCAUGGCCCAGUAUCCCGGCAUAUGGACCCUGGUUGUGUCGCGCUGGUUCAUCUGCCUCUACAUUGACAUACUCCCAAUUGAGACAGUUCUGCGAAUCUGGGAUUGUCUUUUUUACGAAGGCUCCAAGGUUCUUUUCCGUGUUGCUCUGACGCUCAUCAUUCACCACCAACCUGAGAUCUUGAGAGCUCGCUCUUUGCCCGAUGUGUGCGAGUGUUUCAAACAGAUCACCUGCGGAUCAUUUACUCUGGAAUGCCACACCUUCAUGCAGAAAAUCUUUACAGAACCUGGGAGUCUCUCUAUGGCAACUAUUGAUAAACUGAGAGAGAAAUGCAGGCAGCGGAUCCUGGAGGAAGAAUCUAGACAGCCGUAG